UAUGUAUGUACCCUUCUUGCUUCACACCAUUUCAUAAACUCUCUCUCUCUCACGCUCACUCUUCAAUCACAUUAACGACAAACCUCUUUUCUUCCAAACCCUAGAACAGAGCUACUACACAAAAACCCUAAUCUCCCUCUCUCUCUCUCUCAAUCUUUCUAGAGAUCUUGCUGCAUUUUCCGGCGAUGUGAUUCCGGCGAAACUCAUAGCAUUUCCGUUUUUUUUUUGAAACACCACAGCUUCACCAACAUUGUUUACAGAAAAUGGCCUCAGCAUGUGUAAACAACAUCGGAAUGUCGCCGGAGAGCUUCAUCGACCUAGCUCCGGCGACCUACGGCUGGCUCAGCCCUCGCAUCUCCUUCAGCCGCGACGACGACUCUUCAAAGCUCGCGGCUCCCAAGCCGCAAGCGUCGCCGGCGAAAUCGGCGCCUCCCUCUGAGCUACCAGAUCUGGAAGCACCGGCCGGAGAUUUCGAGUUCAGGCUGGAAGAUCCAGUGGCCAUGCUCCCCGCCGACGAGCUCUUCUCCGACGGAAAGCUCGUGCCACUACAGCUCUCGUCGGUCAAACCUCAAGUCAACGACGCCACCAUUUCCGAGAUCAGGUCGCCGGAUUCUCCAAAAACCCGCCGGAGACCCGAGAUCUCCAGCACCGACCCGUACCUCUUCUCUCCCAAAGCUCCGAGAUGUUCUAGCCGUUGGAAAGACCUUCUCGGCCUUAAAAAACUCUACCACAACUCAAACCCCAAACCCGACCCAAAAACGACACCGUCGUCCACCACAAACACCAAAUCCCUCAAACACUUCCUCCAACGAAGCUCGAAGUCUACCACCACAUCAUCAUUAUCUCUAUCUUCCUCAUGCGACUUGUCGUUGAGCCUCCCUUUGUUAAAAGACACAGACUCUUCCUCAUCCGAGUCGUUAUUAUCUUCUUCUCGAUUCUCGCUUUCCUCCUCUUCCUCCUCCGGCCACGAGCUCGAAGAUCUCCCCAGACUCUCCCUCGACUCCGAGAAACAAAACCCGAACCCGAACCCAAACCCGAUUUCAAUCCACCGCAACCCGCCGAAGAUGAGACCGGUAAAACCGAAGCAGACAAGGCAAAUGGACAGCAAUGGCAAAAACGUGAGAACAGGGAGGAGUUUUACGAAAGAAACCCAAUCGACGAGUAGAGGAGUAUCGGUCGAUAGUCCGAGAAUGAACUCGUCUGGGAAGAUAGUGUUUCAGAGCUUGGAACGAAGCUCGAGCAGUCCGAGUAGUUUCAACGGUGGGCCCAGGUUUAAGCACAGAGGAAUGGAGAGGUCCUAUUCGGCAAACGUGAGAGUAACCCCGGUUCUCAAUGUGCCGGUUUGUUCGCUCCGUGGCCCGUAUUCCUCUAAAUCGUUUGGGUUCGGACAGCUUUUCUCGUCGCCGCAGAAACGAGAAACCGGAGGCAACAGCAGAGGCCAUUCAUAUUAUCAUAGUAGUAAUAGCAAGAACCGCACCGAUCGAAUCUGACAAGAGCAGUAAAAUUUUUGUUCUUGUUUAUGUUAAUGUCUUCUCUCUCUCUCUUUUUUUGAAGCAAAUACCGCAUGACAUUGGUAGUUAAUUUUGUUGCUCUAGUUAUCAAAAAAAAAAAAAAAAAAAAACUGAUUUUAGAUCGUGUAAAUAUGCGGGGAUUUUCUUCUGAUGUUGUUGUUGUUCGGGUUUUGCUAACUUUAAUGUUAAGGAAAAACAAAAAAUAGGAACCCAAAUCUAUGAAGUAGUAGCUGAGUUUCAGGUUCUUGUAGGAUGGCUCUUCUUGUUGUUGUUGUUCUUGAUCUGAAAGGUUUGGAAUCUCUGUUUUUUGCUGUUCA